UUUAUAGUGAAAGCAAUAUUUGCGGCGUGCAUAGUGAAAAUCGAAGGCGCGCAAACAAACAGGGAAACGUUUAUUGCUGGCGCUCGCUUCUGCGCGCUGUCUCUUUGGAAACGCAGAAUACAGUCAGCAGCAAAUGGGGACAGACGCCCGCCGGGUAAUCACUCGCCAUGCCUUCUCUGCAUUUUUUGUGAAUGGUGCUCAUUAUGCAUGCAGCUUUCUCGCCUUCCAUUCACAACUGCUGCCUCUCCUGCUCCGCGCUCUCCUGUCCAGGCUGCCAGGCUAAAUGACCACAGACGGCUAGCGUGCGGAAUUAUAAAAUGGAUGGAUAUUUGGACCAGCAAGUGCCUUAUACUUUAGCAAAUCUCUCCAAUAGGCUCACGCGAGUGGCUAAACAAGAAAUCGCAAGGAAAUGGGCCCCUAAAUAGACUGUUGAUGGCGACGAAAAGGAAAUACAUGGACACGGAACUACCCCCUCAGGAAUCUGAAGAUCUCUUUCAGGACUUAAGCCAACUUCAGGAGACGUGGCUUACAGAAGCUCAGGUUCCCGACAGCGACGAGCAGUUUGUCCCGGACUUCCACUCAGAAAACUCAGUAGCGUUCCACAGCCCCCCAGUGAAGAUCAAGCAGGAGCCCCAGAGCCCCGGAUCCACCCCCAGCCAGUCCUGCAGCCACAAGCAGAGCUUCACCUACCCACAUGGGGAGCAGUGCCUAUACGCCAGUGCCUAUGAGCAGAGGAGGGCCCCUGGACCCAGGGCCCCCGCACCCAGGACGGCCAGCCCCUGCACCCCCCUGUCCCCCAUGCAGCCCUACCCCCCCAAACCCCCCCUGAUCUCCCCACCCGACCCCGGGUACAUCAACCCCCCCCCUGCACCCCAGCCUCUGCCCAGCCACGGAUACCCCAUGGAGCACAGCUCCAGGUACCCCACCCAGCCCGCAGCGGAGAUGUGCCACUCUUACCCCCCCCAGGGGCAGCACCCCCACCCCCACCCCGCCCCAGGGGCAGGGGGGAGAGGAGGGGGGUACCAGCGUCAGCAUUCGGACCCCUGCCCCCCCUACCUGCAGCAGAGCUUUAAGCAGGAGUACCUGGACCCCCAAUACAGGCACCUGCCCAGGGGUGUCCCACCCCAGCACUACCCUCCCGCCCCCACCCACAGGAUGGUCAAACAGGAGCCCACUGACUACAGCUACGAACCUGAUGUGCCUGGCUGCCCUUCCAUGUACCUCCACAACGAGGGCUACCCCAACCCCCGGCACAACAACGAAGGAUAUCCGUUCGAGAAUGAUUCCCGCGUUGUUCCAGAGAAAUUUGAAGGCGAGGUGAAGGCGGAAGCGGGGCCUGUGUUUCGUGAGGGCGCCCCCUACCAGCGACGCGGCUCUCUGCAGCUGUGGCAGUUCCUGGUGGCGCUGCUGGACGACCCGGCCAACGCCCACUUCAUUGCCUGGACCGGCCGAGGCAUGGAGUUCAAGCUCAUCGAGCCGGAGGAGGUGGCCCGGCUGUGGGGCAUGCAGAAGAACCGGCCGGCGAUGAACUACGACAAGCUGAGCCGCUCACUGCGAUACUACUACGAGAAGGGCAUCAUGCAGAAGGUGGCAGGAGAGCGCUACGUGUAUAAGUUUGUGUGUGAGCCCGAGGCUCUGAUCUCACUGGCGUUCCCCGAUAAUCAGCGGCCCAGCCUGAAGGCGGAGUUUGAGCGCUACGUCAACGAGGAAGACACCGUCCCGCUGUCUCACCUGGACGAGGGGGGGCCGUACCUGCCAGAGCAGCCCCCGCCCCAGCCCUACGCCAAAGGCUACAUGUACUAACCCCCCUGACCCCCCCCCCCCCUAACCUCCACACCCCUCUUGCACAACCUCACCCCCACUUCUUGUAUAUAUGGCUCUGGUGUUUUUGUUUAAUGGAUCCUGUUAGGGUUUAAAAGUCUCCAAUUCUUCUCACGUAUGAGGCCUGAUCUAUCCAAUCCAAACACAUGACGGUGGUUAAACUUAUCACUCAAUAAAGACCCAAUAUCAGUACAA